AUGAAAGAAGAGGCUCCAAUCUUUGAACAGCUCAGGGCUACCAUGAGGGAGAGGAUCAUGAUCCUCGAUGGUGCUAUGGGCACUGAGAUACAGAAGUUUAAGCUUAAGGAUCAUCACUACCGUGGCGAGGAGUUUAAGGACUUCCCGCAUGAACUAGGUGGUAACAAUGAUCUCUUGGUAUUGACUCAACCUCAUAUCAUCAAGGAGAUUCACAAGAAAUACUUGGAGGCAGGUGCAGACAUCAUCGAGACCAACACAUUCAAUGGAAACAUAUUCUCACAGGCUGACUACAAGAUGGAGCAUCUGGUCAAGCGUAUUAACUUGGAGGCUGCGCGUCUGGCAAAGGAGGCUGCGAUUGAGGUUUAUCAGGCCGAUCCAGAGAAGCGACCAAGAUACGUCGCUGGUGCCGUUGGCCCAACAAACAAGACCGCUUCGAUCUCACCAUCGGUCGAGCGCCCAGAGGCCAGAAACGUCAAGUUUGACGAGUUGGUCGAUGGCUACUACGAGCAAGUCGAGGCUUUGGCCCAGGGUGGCGUCGACAUCUUCCUCGUGGAGACAGUGUUUGACUCACUCAACUGUAAGGCUGCUCUGUUUGCCAUUGAGAACUACUUCAAGAAUCAUCCAAGGAUACCAGUAUUCGUAUCUGGUACCAUUGUCGACAAGUCUGGAAGAACGCUCUCGGGUCAGACUGGAGAGGCCUUCUACACAUCGAUCGCACAUUCCAACCCAAUGGUGUUUGGUCUCAACUGUGCGCUGGGCGCCAACGAGAUGCGCCCAUUCCUCCAGAACAUCUCCAAGUGCUCAGAGUGUCUGGUGCUCUGUUAUCCCAAUGCCGGUCUACCCAACACCUUUGGUGGCUACGAUGAGACACCCGAGGUGAUGGCCGAGCAGAUCGAAGAGUUUGCUCGCUCUGGAUUGCUCAACAUUGUCGGAGGCUGCUGUGGUACGUCCCCUGAUCACAUCCGUGAGUUUGCCCGUGUUACCAAGGGCGUGGCACCUCGUCACAUCCCAUCAUUGGCACCAUACACCACGCUCAGUGGUCUCGAGCCACUGGUGUUCACGCCAACACUCAACUUUGUCAACGUUGGUGAGCGUUGUAACGUGUCUGGAUCACGUCGUUUUGCCAACUUGAUCAAGGCCAACAAGUACGAGGAGGCCAUCUCAGUGGCCAGACAACAGGUGGAGGCCGGUGCCCAAAUCAUCGACAUUAACAUGGACGAAGGUAUGAUUGACGCCGUGCAGGCCAUCCAGAAGUUCCUCUUCUUCGUUGGCUCCGAACCCGAGAUCUCCAAGGUGCCCAUCAUGCUUGACUCGUCCAACUUUGCCGUCGUCGAGUCUGGUCUAAAGUGUGUGCAGGGCAAGUGCAUUGUCAACUCCAUCUCGCUCAAGGUUGGCGAGGAGCUAUUCAUUGAGCAGGCCAGGAUCUGCAAGCAGUACGGAGCUGCCGUCGUGGUCAUGGCCUUUGACGAGCAGGGACAGGCCGUCGACAAGGAUGAGAAGGUCAGGAUCUGUCAUCGCUCAUACAAGAUCCUCACAGAGGUGGUUGGAUUCAAGCCACAGGACAUCAUCUUUGACCCCAACAUCUUGACCAUUGCCACUGGUCUCGAGGAGCACAACAACUAUGCCAUCGAGUUCAUCGAGGCCACCAGAGAGAUCAAGAGGAUUAUGCCUCUGACCAAGGUCAGCGGUGGUGUGUCCAACCUUUCAUUCUCCUUCCGUGGAAACGAGCCAUUGCGUGAGGCCAUGCACUCUGCCUUCCUGUACCACGCCAUCAAGGCCGGUAUGGACAUGGGUAUUGUGAACGCUGGACAGCUGCCCAUCUACGACGACAUUGAGAAGGACCUGCUCAAGCUGGUGGAGGAUGCCAUUCUCAACAGGACCAACGACGCCACUGAGAAGCUGCUCGAGUACGCUCAGAACAGCAGCAAGACAGAGAAGGCUGCCACCGAGGUUGAGGAGUGGAGAACAAAGUCCGUCGAGGAUCGUAUCAGUCACGCAUUGGUCAAGGGUAUCACCAACUUCAUCAUUGAGGACACUGAGGAGGCUAGAAUAACCAUGCCAUCUUCACUCUCGGUUAUCGAAGGACCACUCAUGAGUGGAAUGAACGUCGUUGGAGAUCUGUUUGGCUCAGGCAAGAUGUUCUUGCCACAGGUGAUCAAGAGUGCCAGAGUCAUGAAGAAGGCCGUCGCUCAUUUGAUCCCCUUCAUGGAGGAGGAGAAGAGAGUGCGCAGAGCCAACGGUGACACAUCCGAUGGCGAGGCUGAGAAUGCUGGCGUCGUUGUGCUGGCCACCGUCAAGGGAGACGUGCAUGACAUUGGAAAGAACAUCGUAGGUGUUGUACUUGGUUGCAACAACUACAAGGUUAUCGAUCUUGGCGUCAUGACACCCUGCGAGAAGAUCCUGGCCUCAGCAAUCGAGCACAAGGCCGACAUUGUUGGUCUGUCCGGCCUGAUUACCCCAUCACUUGACGAGAUGAUCUACGUGGCUUCAGAGAUGGAGCGUUUGAAGUUCAAGGUGCCAUUGUUGAUUGGUGGUGCCACCACAUCCCAGAUUCACACGGCUGUCAAGAUCUCGCCCCAUUACUCUCAGCCAACUGUUCAUGUUCUCGAUGCCUCUCGUUCAGUCACAGUGGUCUCCAGUCUUCUCGACAAGAACAAUAAGGAGCACUUUGCCGACGACAUCUCCACUCAGUACCAAGAGCUCAGAGACAAGCAUUAUGCAUCACUCAAGGACAGGAUCUACAUUGGUCUGGACAAGUCAAGAAACUUGAGACCCAAGAUUGACUGGAGCCACAUCAAGACGACCACACCAAGCUUCUUGGGUCACAAGGUGAUCAAGGACUACGCAUUGGACAAGUUGCUGCCAAAGAUCGAUUGGAAUCCAUUCUUUGCCACAUGGCAACUGCGUGGAAAGUAUCCAAACAGAGGAUAUCCAAGAAUAUUCAAUGAUGCCACCGUUGGUGCUGAGGCCAAGAAGCUGUUUGACGACGCUCAGGCAAUGCUCAAGGAGAUCAUCGAGAAGAAGUUGCUCAACGCCAGAGGUGUGAUUGGAUUCUACCCAGCGGCCAGUGUCAACGAGGAUGUCAUCCUCUACACGGACGAGACACGCACCACCAAGCUCACCACACUGUUUGGUCUGCGCCAGCAAUCUGAGAAGGAGGUGGACGAGCCAUACAUCUCGAUGGGUGACUAUGUCGCACCAGUUGACUCUGGUGUCAAGGACUACAUCGGUCUGUUUGCAUUGUCCUCUGGAUUCGGUCUUGAGGAGAUGGUCGAGCGCUACAAGCAAGAGAACGACGACUACUCAUCCAUCAUGGCCAAGGCUCUGGCCGAUCGUCUUGCAGAGGCGUUAGCCGAGCACAUGCACGAGGACGUCAGGAAGGAGCACUGGGGCUACGAGAAGGACGAGAGUCUGAGCGCAGAGGACCUGUUCAAGGUCAAGUACCGUGGCAUCCGUCCAGCACCAGGCUAUCCCGUGCAGCCAGACCACACUGAGAUGAAGACCAUCUGGUCCACGAUGAACGUGCAGGAGAACACUGGCAUCGAGCUCACCGAUCACAUGGCAAUGCUGCCAGGUGCUGCCGUUUGUGGAAUCUACUUCUCACACGAACACGCCAAGUACUUCUCCGUUGGCAAGAUCACCAAGGACCAAGUGCAGGACUACGCCGUCAGAAAGGGCAUCUCUGUCGAGGAGGCCGAGCGUUGGUUGUCCACCAUUCUCUCAUACGAUAGGUUACCAUUCGCUCAACAGCCAUCAAAGCAAUAA